AUGUAUCUGAUGAUGAAGAAAGCGAAGAAGAUUUACUUGGUGAUAGAGAAGACACUGAUGAUGCUUUUGAAGCUUGAGAAGCAAAGACGGAUGAGGUUCAACAUGACAGGAAUUGGACGAGGCAAAGGUCGAGGUGGAACUGGCCGUGGACGUGGCCAUUUUCAAGGAAGUAGCAAUUCUGGAACGAUGUCUCAGCCACAAUUGCAGCUAAGGGGAAAUACCAGAUCAUCCCUAUAUACAGGAGAAUUAACUAAUCCUUGUCAAGAACCUAUAGAGACAGGACAAAUAUCAAGCAACCCUAGGCAGAGACCUUCUGUUGAGACAGUUUCAUCAAGAAAUCUGGACAGAAAUGCAUAUCCUUCUCUAGAAGCUGAAAGUGGUAGUGCAAUUUCUUCCAGGAACAAAAAGAGAGGAAGAGGAAAAUAUAAAUCUAAAACUGUAGAUAUUAAAACUAAGUACGGCGGAAAAAUCACAAUUAUGAUUCCAGAUGACAUUGAUAGAGUAGUAGGUGAUGGGAAAAGAGAUAUUGUUAAUUACUGUGGUUUGAUCAUGAGGAGCACUAUCUCAUUCCGGGAUGGGAAUUGGCAAAAGAUUGUUUCAAAAUAUGGAGAAACAAUGUGGUUAAAGGUUAAGGAUAAGUUUGAAGUUCUUGGCAGUGUGCGAGAGCAUGUGCUGCAAGCUUUUAUCAUCAGUACUAUGCAAUGGCUUUUUAGAGCAUGGAAAGCUCGAUUGAGCAGUCACUACUCUCGCCACAUUGCUGAUGGAAAUAUAUUAUCUCAUCGACCUGAAGAUGUAGAGCUCGAGGAUUGGAAAUACCUAGUAGAGUAUUUUGAAAGUUCUGAAUUUAAGGUUGUAAGCGAGAGAAAUAGAAAGAAUAGUGAAAAGCAGAUAACUAAGCAUGCUUGUGGUACAAGGUCUUUUGUAAAAGUAGAGGAAUCGACAAAAAAUCCUGCCACCGGAGAAAAAGAAAGACCAGAUCAAGUCUGGGAGAUCCAACAUACACGUAAAGAUGAUAAUGGAGAAAUUGGCCAGCUACAGGAACUAGUGGCUCAACAACAAUCUGAAGAGAACGAGCAUCUCAUGACUAGAGAUGAGAUUUUAUCCUCUGUUCUCGGUGAGAGAAUAGGCUAUGUUCGUGGUAAAGGGUACGGAAAGAAGCCUCCAAAAAAGAGUCACUUUGAAGCAGCAAACUUAGAGGCUAGUGUGUCUUCUGCUAUGGCAACUGUGCGUCAAGAAAUGCAAGAAGAAAUGCAAACUGAGAUGAGUCAAAAGUUGCAAGAAGAACGUGAACAAAUGGCUGCCGAAUUAAAAAGAAACAUGGAACAAGAAUUGCAAAGGAAGUUGGAAGAGAAACUUGAGCACGUGAAUGUGGAAGUAGACAACCGGAUCAGUGUAGAAGUAGCCAAGAGGAUUCAAGAACAACUGGCUUCUAUCAUGACUGGAAUGCAACAGGCGAUCUACUCUUAA